AUGCCCUUCUGUGAUCUGUUAAGGUGGGGGCAGUAUUUAUUUUCCUUUAGGAAACAGAGCUGUACUGUGAAAGAAGAAAAUGAAGACACCUCAAAGAAAACUCAGCCAUUUUUCAAGAUCCCCCAGUUCCUCUCAUACCGUCUGCCAACUUUCCCUCUUCUUUCCAAGCCAUCCUUUCAGCCUUGCCCCCACCAUCCUCUCCUUCUUCCUUCUUUUUCAGCUGUCCUCUUCUCUAACGUCUCGCCCUUCCAAAAAGGGACUCUGCUGUGGAGGGAAGCAUCAGCUCUGGGUCCAGUCGACACCUGGCUAGGAGGGCUCUUGGUGGAGCUGGCCUUAUGCAGCUGCAUCUCCUUGGAGACACUAAGGUGCCCUAAAUGUAAAGCAGCAGCAGCAGUCAGGAAACAUGGGACUCUCCCCAAACGACCCAGUGAUCCCAUGGGAUCAGAACGGAUGGAGAUGCGGAAACGGCAAACAUCUGUGGCCCAGGAGACACCGAGCUCCGCACAGGAACAGCCUGGUGUAGGAAAUCGAGGUUCCAAUGCCUGCUGCUUCUGUUGGUGCUGCUGUUGCAGCUGCUCUUGUCUUACCGUUAGGAAUCAAGAUGAGAGAACAAGAGCAGCAUCACAUGAACUCAGAACAGAUGCCAUCCCAAAUUGCGAAGAAAGCUCAACUCCUACUCUGGAAGAUGUCAAUGCCUGGGCCCAAUCAUUUGAUAAAUUAAUGAGGACACCAGCUGGCAGAAAUGCUUUCAGGGAGUUCCUCCGGACAGAAUUCAGUGAAGAAAACAUGCUUUUCUGGAUGGCCUGUGAGGAACUAAAACAAGAAUCCAACAAAAACCUAAUUGAAGAGAAAGCAAGGCUAAUAUAUGAAGACUAUAUUUCUAUCCUUUCUCCAAAAGAGGUCAGCCUAGACUCCAGAGUAAGAGAAGUCAUCAACCGCAAUAUGCUGGAGCCAUCACAACAUACUUUUGAUGAUGCUCAACUCCAGAUUUACACUUUAAUGCACAGAGACUCCUACCCACGGUUUAUGAACUCUGCUGUUUAUAAGGACUUAGUUCAGUCAAUCUCUGAGAAGUCUACAGAAGCAUAG